AUGGCCACUGACAAGAUCACCUUUUUGACCAACUGGCACGCUACUCCGUACCACGCACCGUUGUAUCUCGCCCAGUCUCGCGGCUACUUCAAAGAUGAGGGCCUGAAAGUCGCCCUGCUCGAACCGAAUGAUCCGUCCGAUGUCACCGAGAUUAUCGGCAGUGGCAAGGUGGACAUGGGAUUCAAGGCCAUGAUUCAUACCCUCGCUGCCAAGGCUCGCAACUUCCCCGUGACCUCGAUUGGCUCGCUACUGGACGAGCCCUUCACGGGCGUCGUCUACCUCAAGUCCUCCGGUAUCACCACCGACUUCAAGUCCCUCAAGGGUAAACGAAUUGGCUACGUCGGUGAAUUCGGCAAGAUCCAAAUCGACGAAUUGACCAAGUACUACGGCAUGACCGCAGACGACUACACCGCCGUCCGUUGCGGUAUGAACGUCACCAAGGCCAUCAUUCGCGGCGACAUUGACGCCGGCAUCGGUCUGGAAAAUGUCCAGAUGGUCGAGCUGGAAGAAUGGCUCGCUGGUCAGGGCCGGCCCCGCGACGACGUCCAGAUGCUUCGCAUCGAUCAGCUCGCCGAGCUGGGCUGCUGCUGCUUCUGCUCCAUCCUGUACAUUGCCAACGAUUCCUUCCUGGCCAGUAACCAAGAGAAAGUGGGCAAGUUCAUGCGUGCUGUCAAGCGCGCGACCGACGCUGUCAUUGCCGACCCCGCCGGAGCGUAUGAGGAAUACGUCGAUUUCAAACCUGUCAUGGGCACGGCGGUGAAUCGAAAGAUCUUUGAACGCUCGUAUGCGUACUUUAGCCGUGACUUGAAGAAUGUCGCUCGUGACUGGGACAAGGUCACGCGCUAUGGCAAGCGUCUCGCGGUCUUGCCGGAUGGAUUCGAGCCCAAUUAUACCAAUGCUUACUUGACGUGGGGUCUGGAGCCCGACUCGACUGAUCCCGUGGGUGAUCAGAAGCGCAUGGUCGAGUUGCAGAAGGAAGUCGCUGAGAAGGGCGGUUUCAAGCGUUUGGAGGUCUCGGCCUCUGCUUAA